AUGGAUCUCAAGGUCUUGCUCUACCUUGCAAUAAACUACGUUCGUAACAUGGUUACUUCGUCUAGAGGUGCAACGAGGUGGAUCAAGAAUAAUAUUGUGAGCUUUGGGAACCACCUUACAAAGUCAAAGAGUGUUGACAAGGCAAGCCUCAGCCGUUCUGGAAAGGGUCAUCGGCAAGAUGUAGCGCAAGCACAUGAAAUUUUCGUUGCAUUAUCUAAUUGGGUUCCUUACCUUUUUGUGAACCCAGAUGAUCCUGUUUCUUCAGAAUAUAUUCACUACUUUGAAAACAGGCAGAAGAUGUUGGAGCUUGGAUUUGAAAAUGUUGUGACAAUUGCAUCAAUGAUGACCAUGAGGAUGGCGUUGGGAAUAGAUUCAAGUUCAGAAGCAAUCCAUCUCAUUCCUUCAGCAAUUCUGACCAUUAAUAAGGUUGAAUUCCACCAAGAUAUUCAUGGUCUUUGUGGUUUUAUCAAAGAAAAAGAAUUUGCUCAUCAACUUCAACAGUGGUGGAGUCCUGAUUCUUCCAGUCAAUCUUGGGAAUAUAGGUACGUACAACACUACAAACUGAAUGAAGCAGAGAUAUAUAGGUGUGUGUUGAGUAAAUAG